AUGCCGAAGCUAUUUCUUCUUGAUUUGUCCUUCAAUCGUUUGAGAAGAUUCCCGUGGUCUUCUCUGAAGAAUGCAUCGAAUAUUCUUCAUUUAAAACUGAACAAUAACGAAAUUUCGAACGUUGAUGCCUAUGUCGACUUCCCCCAAUCCUUGACUUAUCUUCACCUUCAAUUCAAUCGCAUCACCACGAUUGCCGAAACUUUCCUGCAUGGAUUCAAGUCCCAAAAGCAGACAUUCUAUCUGCGGAUAUGGCAGAAUCCUCUCCUUUGUGACUGUAAGAUCCAGUGGAUCGUACGUUUGCGGCGAUGUGUGUGGGAACACCGGGACGAAGGCUGUGUCAACGCUUCUCCUGUCAGGGUCAUGAGGUGUAUACUCGCCAAAUGCAACUUCCACCCGAAUGGCGUUGCGGUUAUCCUGGACUGGCUUCAGUUGGAUGACAAAGCUAUCGUAAAGCAAAGAAGCUCUGAAGAGUUUCUUAGAUGUGACUCACCGCAACAACUGAAAGGAAAUUUGCUGAGAGACGUUUCUCUACCGACAUGUGCAUCUCCCAGCUCUUCGGGAAGUCCACAACAAACGUCGUCUCCAGAUAAUGCAGGGAUUCACGAAUCUGAGAAGUCACCAACGGAGACUGAGCCCCCAACACUUGCUAUCAACAGUUGGGAGAGAACCACGGUCAAGGCUUCUGAAUUUUCGCUGUUUUGGAAAGGUCAGUCGCUUUGA